UUAAAAACGCAUUUUUAUAACAUUUUUAUUCAAAUAAUUUAUAUUUUUAGAGGCUAAAUUCGAAACAACGUAUUAUUUAUCCAUAACUGUGUAGUGUUGAAUCAGUUGUGCUUUUGUUUCGAAAAACAGUGACUACCGGGUUCAGGUUUUACUUGCAACUUUCCAAUACGUCGAUAGUGGAAGAGAAACAAACAAGAAGGCAAUAAAUGAUGUUGGGCUCCUGUUAUGCGCUGAUCGCGGGAUGUUUGGGCAGCGCCGCCUCGCUAUCUGCGAAACUAACUCUUGGCGCCGACUACCUCCUGGAGAUGUGUCAAGUCAGCGCCUUUCCAACACAAAGUGCAUCUUCAGUCUGUCACUGGCUCCACAUCCCGCUGAGGCUGCUUUGUGUGGGCCUGAUGUUUGCGUGCAACGCUGCCAUGUGGACCUUCUUCUCCAAAGCUCUUCACGACUGCUCUUCUUCAGCCAGCGCCACGGUGACCAGCACUGCAGCCAACUUCAUUUCAUCCGCGAUACUGGGGAAGAUGAUAUUCGGGGAAAGUCACACGCUUCAGUGGUGGUUGGGCAUCGCUCUGUCACUUUGUGGGCUGCUGAUGCUUCAUGGGUCCACACCGCAGCCUCACCAUGACACCAAGGACGACUAAAUAAUAUAUAUAUAUUAUAUAAUAUAUAUACAUAUACAC